AUGUCGAGUGCAGAUUCUGUCUCUGACAAACAGGAGCUGCUGAGUGCGAUUGCCAACGAUGACGCAGAGCAAAUGAGUAUCAUCCUGCAACGCAGCCCCAGCUGUGUAAUAGAAAGUGUGGGCUCUGCUCUGCAUGUGGCAGCAAUGUAUGGCUCCAUAGCCUGUACUGAGCAUUUGCUGCAGGAAAGCUGUGAACUGAAUUGUGAAGAUAAGGAUGGUCAUACUCCUUUGCACUAUGCUGCCGUGGAGGGUGACCCCGAGAUUCUUCAGAUGUUGAUCUCUGCGCGGGCAGACCUGUACAGCACCACGCGGGACACUCGCGCCAGAUUGAUGAGUGGAGGCUUAGUCAUUGACAUGGCCGGUGGUCGCAAUUCCCUGCAUUUGGCAGCUGAAAAUGGCAAUUCCGAGGCUGCAGAGGUUCUAUACCGGGCCUGCCCCCAGCUGGCAGAACUGGAAGACCUGGACGGUGCUCGCCCACGUGACGUGGCCUUGCGCGAGGGUGCCAGGGCUGCGACGAUCUCCGCUGGGCGCAAAGCUGUGGUGGAUCUCCUUGGGGCAGAGCCGAUCCCAUCGCAGGAAGAGCUCCGGGCUCAGGCCCAGGCAGAUGUGGCGAAGGGGCGAAAACGGCUGGACCUGGCGGAAGCGGCUCAGAAAGUGAGGCUGGCAGAAGAGAAAGCGUUGAACGGCACACCAGCAGAUCAUGGCUAUCAGAGUCGUUGGCCCAAGCUUUAUGGCCUCCAAGGCAGCGACUUGCAUUCCCUUUUGCAUCCAGAUUUGGUGGCUGCAUUAUCCCUGAAAGCUGAUGCCAGAAGGGAAGCUGUUUUCAAGAUUUGUGAGGAGAUCACUCCUGGAGUUUAUGCCUUUCAAUGUAUCUCAGAUGGCACAGCUGCUUUGAACCAGCAGCUGCUAGAAGAGCUGGACAACAUUGAAAGUUGGGCUGCUGAAUCUCCCUGGCAGCUCAGUCGGCCUAAUUCCAUGAAUCGCUACGGCGUGGUGUUGCAAGAUGUUGGCCUGGGAGCCAUCGCACAGAGCCUUACUACGGCUGUGGUGUUGCCGCUGGCAGCAGCUCUGUGGCCAGGUCGUUUCAGUGACCUGUCGGACAUCCAUGCCUUCACGGUACGCUAUCGUGAGAAUGAAGAUCGGCUCCUGGACACCCACGUGGAUUCGAGUGAUGUGACGCUCAAUCUAUGCCUUGGCGGUUCCUUUGAAGGAGGUGAUGUCUAUUUCCAUGGCCCUGCUGGUGAGGGCCGUGAUCCCAUGACCUCGCCCCACCCCGGGGGCCCCGGGCCCUGCUCUCAUUGUCGAGCCAGUCAUCAGCACCACAGUGGUACAGCCUUGAUUCACCUGGGAAAUCACAUCCACGGAGCCCAUCAACUUCGCAAGGGACGCCGCACCAAUUUGAUCCUUUGGUGCCGGGCAGGCCAAAAAGAGGCCGCCCUUCCAGAGCUGGAUUGA